GUUCAGUUGGCGGCGCUCGGAGAAAAAACAAACGAGAAGCGAAACGAAGAGCUAUUGAUCAGGAUCAGAGAUGCAGUCUGGACCAGAUCCUCCCGGACCGAAGUCAGUCAGAAGAUCUCCUCGUCUGUCUCCUCAGUGCGGCAGCAGUAAAGGAAACGAGGAGAGGAAAGGAGGAGGUCUGCAGGAGGCGAAGAGGAGAGGGAAGAUGGAGAGAAGCAGAGAGGAGGACGAGGAGCUGAGCGACAGGUUGCAGACGCUGGAUCUGUCCAGCAGGACAGCAGCCAGUGGAACAGGUCUGGUUUCCUCUGAUAUCUUCACCCAUCAUAAGAACCUGUGGGACUCCAGUCAUCCGGAGAGUCCAGACCGAGUCACGUGCAUCAUGGAGGAGCUGCAGAGACAGGACCUGCUGUCUCACUGCAUCAGAGUCGAGCCCAGAGAAGCUGCAGAAGAGGAUCUGCUGCUCGCUCACUCGAAAGACCAUGUGGGUUUGAUGAAGUCGACUCAGGCGAUGACAGAGAGUGAACUACAAACUCUGUCUGAGAACUACGACUCGGUUUACCUUCAUCCUGAGUCCUUCCAGGUGUCUCUGAUGGCGGUGGGUUCGGUCCUCCAGCUGGUUGAUCAGGUGAUGACCUCUGAGCUCAGGAACGGAUUCGCUGUCAUCAGACCUCCAGGUCAUCAUGCUCAGUCCAACAUGGCCAACGGUUACUCUAUUUUCAACAACGUGGCGAUUGCAGCUCGAUACGCUCAGAAGAGACACUCGGUCCACAGGGUGUUGAUAGUGGACUGGGAUGUUCAUCACGGUCAGGGCAUCCAGUACCUGUUCCAGGAGGACCCCAGUGUCCUGUACUUCAGUGUCCACAGGUAUGAACAUGGGUCUUUCUGGCCUCACCUGUCGGAGUCAGACUGUGGGUUUGUGGGCAGCGGCCGAGCUGUAGGCAGAAACAUCAACCUCCCCUGGAACAAGACGGGGAUGACGGACGCUGAUUACAUCGCAGCUUUUCAACAACUGCUGCUGCCUGUGGCCUACGAGUUUCAGCCUCAGCUUGUUCUGGUCUCGGCUGGAUUUGACGCUGCUGUCGGAGAUCCGAAGGGGGACAUGUGUGUGAGUCCUCAGUGUUUCCAUGUUCUGACUCACAUGUUGAUGAGUUUGGCAGAAGGUCGACUUGUUCUGGCUCUUGAGGGAGGUUAUAACCUGCAGUCGACAGCAGAGAGCGCCGCGGCGUGUGUCAGAGCUCUGCUGGGAGGAGCCUGUCCUCCUCUGACUCCGCCCACCGCUCCAUCUGACAGUGCUCUACAGUCCAUCUCUCAGACUGUCACCGCUCUGUAUCCACACUGGGCUUCUCUGCAGACACUGGAAGGCGGCCCAUUGGCUGACGGGCGUGUCAGCAGAGCAACAACCAACCAGCAGAGCACAAAGCAGAGUGGCCCCGCCCCCUCCGUUCCUGCUACAACAGGUCUGGUUUAUGACGAGAGGAUGAUGGAGCACAUGAACAUGUGGGACAGACAUCACCCUGAACAGCCUCAGAGGAUCUUUAAGAUCUUCUCCAAACAUCAGCAGCUAGGAUUGGUCGAUCGUUGCCAACGGAUACCAGCUCGCUUAGCUACAGAUGAGGAGCUGUCCAGGUGUCACAGCGUGCAGCACAUUGAGCAGAUGAAGGCCACGGCAGCGAUGAAGCCCAGAGAUCUGCACAAACUGGGACUCGAGUUCAACUCGAUCUACAUCAACAACCAGAGCUACAAGUCGGCUCUGCUGGCUGCCGGAGGCUGCUUCGCUGCUGUGGAGAGCAUCCUCACGGGACAGAUGAGUAACGCCGCGGCCAUCGUUCGUCCACCUGGUCAUCACGCAGAGAGAGAUUCUCCGUGCGGUUUCUGUUUCUUCAACACGGCAGCGCUCGCCGCUCGCCACGCCCAGAAAAUAUCCCAAGAUGCACCGCUGCGGGUCCUCAUCUUGGACUGGGACGUUCACCACGGCAACGGGACGCAGCACAUGUUCGAGGACGACGACAGCGUCCUGUACGUCUCCCUCCAUCGCUACGACAACGGGACGUUCUUCCCGUCUUCUGAGGACGCCGCCCCAGACAGGGUGGGCGUGUCCAAGGGGGCGGGGUACAACGUCAACGUGGCGUGGAACAGCGGGCGCAUGGGCGACUCAGACUACCUCGCGGCCUUCCACAGCGUCAUCAUGCCGAUCGCCACCGAGUUUAACCCCGGUCUGGUUCUGGUGUCGGCCGGGUUUGAUGCAGCUCGCGGGGAUCCGCUGGGCGGAUAUCAGGUGACCCCUGAGGGAUACGCCCACCUCACACACCUGCUGAUGUCACUGGCCGGGGGGCGGGUCCUACUCAUACUGGAGGGAGGUUAUAACUUGUCAUCCAUCUCUGACUCCAUGGCGAUGUGCACUAGCAUGUUGCUAGGAGACCCUCCUCCCUCCUUGGUGACGCCCCUCCCUCCUCCUCAUCACAGCGCCGUGGCAACGAUCAACUCCGUCAUCCGACACCACGCCCCCUACUGGGCGUCGCUGAGGAUACACAUCCCAGAGGCUGUGCGGGCGUCCCUUCCCGCCCUGAAGCAUCGUGGGAAACGUAGUUCUAAAGGAAAAGGCAGGAAGUCAGAGCCGAGCAGCACGGACAAACCGCCGCUGCCCCCUACAGGACUGGAGGACACAACGACGGAGCGGGGUCUGGAGCAGCUCACUCAGGGAUUGGCCGGUUUGGACAUCAGUCAAGCCAAUCGCACUUCUGCUACGUCCACCCCUGUGGGCGGGGCCAGGCCGAAGGUCCGCCUCAUUCUCACCUGUGAAGGGGAAAUGAAGGCGGAGCCAGGGGAAGUGAAGGCGGAGCCAGGGGAAGUGAAGGCGGAGCCAGGGGAAGUGAAGGCGGAGCCAGGGGAAGGGACACCUGAGCAGAGCCAAUCAGCAGAGAGCACGCUGCCACAGCCUCAGGCUGUUGCCGUGGCAGCGUCAGAGUCGGUUGCCCCCAGAGACUCACCUGCAGGUGGGGCGGGGGCGGAGCCAGAGACAGAGGGAGCGUGUGGUUGGUCGAAGCCGAAGACGUCUCUGGAGCUGACGUGUGGAGGACAGACAGACACCCCUCUGUACGUGGUGGACCCCCUGUCCUGGUGUCCUCACCUGGACGCCGUGAAGCCCCUCCCCCCCCAGGUAUCGAUGUCUUCCAGUCGUGUCAGGACUGCGGCUCGGACGCUGAGAACUGGACCUGUCUCACCUGCUACCAGGUGACCUGUCUCCCUCUGUCU